GUGCGUGCAGCUUCCGUCUUGUGCACCGUAGUGUAUAUAUAUAUAAGAUCUUAGCGGUGUGCCGUGUUGUGUGUGUGUGCGUGUGGUCGGGCUGUGUAGUGCCUUCUCUUUAUCUUCAUCUCGGAAAAAGAAACUGCGGCGGAAGCAGCAACGGACCAAGAAAGAAGGAAAUCACGGCGUAUAGACCGCAAUCGUUGGGCGCUGUUGUUGUCGACGCCGUUUGAUGGACCCCGCAAAACUGGAAUCCCUUCAGUGCGCCAUAGAAGGUUUCAUCACCCACCGGCCGAGCAGCAGCUUUCACACCGCUCCUUACGUGGGCGGACACUUUCACACCGCUGAAUCGAAGGAAGUCGGCUCUCUGCAGGGUGAAAUCUCUUGCCAUUUAGAGCGGAGCCGUCGCCGGUGUCGGAGAGAUCAACACGAGGGAGGAAUGACUCAAACGUCUAGCGUUGAGGGGACGUCGACGUAUCCCUCGCGGCGUCGCAUCAGCUCUCAGUCGAAGGAUCACCGUCAGCAUCGUCAUGUGAAUCUAUCAGAAUCGAGUAGGCACGCGCACGGCUCGCACCGGGCAUCCUCGUCGCCAGCGCCACACAAGGAUCACAGCAAACACAACCACGAUAAUAACAAUCACCAUAGUACGAGCGAGCGGCACCGUCGCCGUGAUAGAGAUGAAGAGGACAGCGACAGCAGCGGCAACCGCGCGCACCAGCGUGUGUCGCGUCGCACACGCACGGAAGACACCAACGCGAAAGGAUUCCCUAGCACUGUCGUGGCUUCGGCGUCUUCGUCGCCGUCUUCAACGUUUCUCUCUACAACAGACACGGUGCAGGGUUGGCUACCUGCCACGUCGGUCGCCACGUGCAUUCUUCCCCUCGAUGCAAAGCUCGUUGAGCUGCUCUACGCUCUCUCCCCCACCGCCGACGACCGCGACGGCAAACUUCGCGUGAUUGACGAGGUGCGGCGGACGCUCUGGCGCACCGGCCUGGACAUCCAAAUCUACGGCAGCCUCUGCACCGGUCUUGUCAUCCCCGCCAGCGACGUGGACUGCGUGAUGAUGCGCAGCAGUGAUGCGCAGAUUGCGGCGGCGAUGUCCGCGAGUCUGAACAACGCGCUGUUAAACGUUGCCUCUGCGGCGACGAGCUCGUUGCCGCAGCGUGCCGUGCGGGCAGCCCUCACCACUGGCAUCCGCACCGCGGCAGAUCGCAUGCGUCGCCACUCCUCUUUCACCAGUGUGACGUGCAUCGCACACGCGAAGGUGCCCAUCGUCAAGUGCCGACAUCGGGCUGAAAACGUCAAGGUGGACCUCUCCUUCGAGAAGGAUGGCUGCGUGUCGUCCAACUACCUGUGUGAGCUCUUCUGCGAGCCGGGCAACGAGCUGGCGCGACCGCUCAUCGUGUUAAUAAAAGCCAUGGUGAAUCACUACGGCCUAGACGACCCCAGCGUUGGUGGCCUCGGCUCGUUUCCCGUUUCCAUGCUGGUCCUGUGGUACCUGAAGCACCGAGUCCCUGCCCACUACGCACCGGAGCUGCAUCACAGCAUCGCCGUCCUGCUCGUGGGCUUUCUGCAGUACUACGGGAAGGAGUUCGACUUUAAGCGGCAGGGCAUCGACUACGUCCAGCAAAAGACGUUUGCGAAGGCGCCGGCGAAUGAUCUGUUUAUCGUUAACCCGAUCCGCCCCGGCACGAACUGCGCACGAGCCGCCACACUUUUCGCCACCCGCGUCGUGCCGCAGUUUCAGAAGGCGGCAGAGGCGCUGAGUCCGCUGCUCGACCCGAAGGCGUCGCAGGAUGUGAUGGAGCAGCGACUGCUGCAGUUUUUUGCGAAGUCCCUCCCUGGUGUGCGGAGCUGGCGGGACGUCGCGCGGCAGGCGGCACGCAGCUCGCAUCGCCCGCAGAACAUGUGGGACCAGGCCACCAACCUCUACCUGGGCGGCGUUCUUUAG